CACCGCGGACCGCCCGGGGCUGCCGCCGCGCAGCCGGCCGGGUCACCAGGUCAGCGGCUGGGUGAGGGUCGGACGGACAGACCAAGUCGGCAGGCAGAGACUGCAGAGACUGCCAAAGCGCGACUGCUCGGUGCUCUUUCUAAAAACCGGAUGAUGAUGUGACGCCGUCAUGGAGACAUCACAAGCGUCAGAGUAUGAAAGAUAUGUGUGCCUAUGGCGAGCGGCCCGGCGUCUGGAGCAAGCAAUUCAGGAGGACGAUGCCAGCACAGUGGCCGUCAUCAUUGCUACGUACGCCGCCAAACUCAUGGUUCAGCAAACCAAGAACAGGAGCAUCGAUAGCGCUCCGGAGCGGGACGCCUGCUGGAUCCCGUCGGCCCUGCAGCAGCCGCUCCAGCUGGCAGUGGAGGCAUGCGCCCACUCAGUGGUCCGCCUGCUGCUGGCCAAGGGGUUCGAUCCGAACACGGGACAGCUGAGACCAGACGCCGCCGGCGAGUGGGGCAUCUCGUUAGACGGCGAACCGCCGCCGCCGCCGCCGCCCCCGCCCCCGCCCACCGAGCCACCUGAGACGGCCGAGACGCCGCAGCGGCGCCCAUCGGAGCCGCGCUCGGAACUAACCCGCUCCGAGUCGUCAGUCCGGUCAUCGACACCGGAACGGGAGCCGCACGAGCGGACUGUGGGCGUGCGCUUCAAGUUGUCGGAGCGGCAGUCGCGGUUGGAGUCAGCCGAGAGCACAGUGCUGGCCAAGGAGCCGCACCCGCGCGCGCUGGCCACACUCCAACAGAACAGCUCGUUUCUGAGGGACCUCGUAGUCCGCAUCAGCCCGCGGGCGCUGUUCGCCGAGCCUGCUGAGCCAGUUCGCCGGGCCGCUGACGAUCUACCGCGGCCGGUGCGUCCUCCGCUGCGCGUCAACAAGAGCCUGGCAGCGCCGCUAACGACGCUGCGCUCGCGGGACGGCGAGCAGGGGACGUUCAGCGCCGUGUACGGCUCUCCGGCCUACCUGCGCCGCCUGCCGCCGCUGUUUUCAGCCGUGGUCGCCGAGGAUGCCGAGUCGGUGGCCGAGCUGGUCGGAUACGGCGCCGAUGUGAACGUGACGGAUGAGUUCGGCAACACACCGCUGCAUGUGUGCGUGUGUCGCGCCGCGCCCGACGAGGACUGCCUGCACGAGCUGGUCGAGAUGGGCGCCACUGUGUACCGGGCCAACAACAGCGGCGUGUGUGCCGCCCAGCUGUACCCGCCGCUAGCCGGCCUGCAGGCGCACGUGGUCGAGUGUCUGGUCGGGGCGCUGGCGCUGCAGGCGGCCCGACUGGCGGACGAGGCGAGCCGAGAGCCGCGCGCCGCUGCACAGCUCGGUCUCAUCCGGCGGCUGCACUGCCGCGGCAUCUCACGGCUCUUCGCCAGGGAGAAGGGCAGGGAGGAACCGGCGAGCAGCGGCGCCGCCAGCCGCUCCUCGGCCGAGACCAGCCCGCGAUCGGCGCGAGGCUCCGUGCGCAGCCGCAGCGGCAGUGUUCGCCGAGACAGGGAGCACAGGGAGCACCGGGAGCACCGAGAUGACGCCGACAACAAUGCCAAGACGGAGAUGGACGCCAGUCAGCGGUCCCAUCAGCUCCUCCAGCACCUUCGGCAGUUCUCCUCUGUCGACGGGCCGCCGCCGGAGGAGGACCCGGACCGCUGUCUGGACAGUUUGGCAGUCAUCUCUCAGAAUCCGGAGGUGCUCUACCACGUACUGGGCCAUCUGCGAGCCGAGCUAACGCCAAUCAUCGAGUGGCUGGAACAGGUCACCGAUAAGAAGACGCACCGCAAACUCUCCAAAGUUCUGCAUACGCUCCUCAAGACGGCCGUGUCUCACUUCUCGCUGCCGGCGCACGGUCGGGAGCUGACCCGGUGUCUGCGCCAGCUGAUCACCAUGGCGGCAGAGAUGGUGCAGGGCUCGCAGGACCUGCAGUUCACGGCGCUGAACCUGAUGAACCGCGUGGUGGAUCACACGGUGACCCGUGACGGUGUCAGUGGCGCCCCGGAGACCGAGAGUCACAGGGAGAGCCCUGCACCGGAGCUGAGCUCAGAGAGUCGCCGGGGGCUGUGGCAGCAGCACCUUCUUGACAAUCCGUCCGGACCAGAGCGACCGCGGGUCGGGCUCGAACGCGAACCAAAUGUCACCGAUGCUUUGUGCAGUGUGCCAGCCAGAACUUUGGUGAACGUCAUGCACAACGCCAUCACGCUGCACAAGCGGAUUGUCAUGGGGAAGAAGGAGCGAUGCACUCCCAGCGUAAGGGUGCAGGAGUGCCAGCCGCACUGUCUGCAGAUCCUGAGCGCCCGGCUGCUGCUCUACUUGUCCCACAGCAGCUCGUACCGGGUCUCACUGGUGGAGGAGACACAGCUGAGACUGCUGGUCUCCUCCCUGGAUACCACGCAUGACCCGCAACUGCUGUGUCUGUCACUGCAAAUAAUGGCCAACCUGGCGCUGGACCCGGUGAACCACGACGCCCUGCUGGCUACCGAGCUCGUGGAUAGCCUGAUACAGCUCAUUCUACCGUCGGACGAAUGGUACUACACCAACCACAGUACGAUGUUUGCUCGCUUUGUCAAGCACCACGCCGCCCGUGUGAUGGUCUACAUCGGACUGCAGAACCGCAUCAACCAGCGAACCAGCGUCUUUGACCUGCUCCAAAGUCCAGUCCCGCUGUCACCCGUGAACGGCUCGUUGGAGGAUCGGUACAUCGUCUCCACUUCUGUGGCGCCCCUCACUGUGUCUAGCUCCGACAACAAGCACAUCCUGGGCGUUUCCAUCGAAGGCGCCACGCUCAGCAUCCUGGAGUACUUCGAGGACGGCCUGUCUCUGUCGGGAAUGACACCGGUCGGCGGAAGAUUUACAAUGGAAGAAGACGUGCUGAUCCGCCUGCACCGGCCGGGGAAGCACGGACCGGAGGUGUCACCGCCGUCCCGACUCACCAGCUGCAUGCUGACCGGCCUGCCGUUCGCGCUGCACCCCAUCAUCUUCGUGCGGCUGCUGCUGCACCGGCUGAUGACCUCGUUCUUCCACCUGCAGAAGUGGCAGAGCUCUCUGCUCCGCUCCAGCUGUUCCACCCUCCCCUCCCCUGAUCCUGCCGCGCGGCCGCCGCGACCCCACCAGGACUCCAUCAGCUCCGGAGACGGUAUCGAUGUGACACGAUUUCGGAGGAAGUGUUCGGCCGAGGGUGACGGACUAAGGACGCUGAGUCGGGAGGAGAGAAUUGACGCCUAUAAGAGCUGGAGUCGUAACUCGCGCCAGCAGGCAUCGUCAGAGACAGGCUCGUCGUCGCAGAGUGGCCCCCGCGCGCUAGCCGCCGGAGGGACCACCGGAUCGAGUGCCGCGUCACGGGACACGGACAAGUGCCGAGAGCCGCUGGCGUUCAACUUCCCCUUCACGAGCAUGUGGCGCAAGAAGAACCACUGCAAGUCGAACCCGGACUUCCACGGCGCCGGCGGCACCAGCUCCAUCGAGGACAUCCGCGCGUUUCAGAAGGAGCUCCAGAACCUGCCAAACUGGGAGGGCACCGGCUAUGUCGUGAACGAGCCGGGCGUCUGCUGUUCACCGCGACCCCGCUCCCGCUCCGUGCCAAAGGUCACAUUUGACUUUUCGCCAAACUUUCUCGCGCCUUGCACCUUCCCGGUGCCAACUCGGGGCGGCAGUCCGGACGGCUGGUCGGCCGGCGCCGACUCGCCGCUGCCCCGCUCUCAGUCGUACGUGGGCUACCACCUGCUGCCAGACUCGCCGAUGCUCAGCCCGGUGCCCCCAGCCGGCCCGGCCAGCCCCGGUCUGGCCAGCUCCCCCCUGUCGCCGCACCUGCUGUCGCCCGUGCAGCCGGACGUGGGCCGCAGGACUCCCUCCUGGAGCCGCCCCUGCUCGCGGUACGACUCGCCGGCCAGCGCGGUGCGGGAGAUACCGCGACAGCACCGCGCCGUCCUCAGCACCAUUGAG